AGGCUGACUGGCUGUAUCUACUGCGCAUGCUUUGGCUCCAAUUUGUACAAAAAAAGGUUUAAAAACGUACAAUGAGAGUGAAUGACGCCACAUUGUACACUCACACAUACAGUCACAGGUACACUCGCAGUGACGGACAAACAGAGGAAAUGAAUUAACCGUCACACCGGAAAUGAGCCACGUGUGCUAUUGCGCAUGCGCGUCUCAUUCUCCACUAGGCGCAAUUUUCUCAUUAGGAAUGAAUAACACGCAGCUGUGCUCUUCGAUUUAAAAAAAUAAAAUAAAAAAUCCUUCUUGCUCUAGAGGAUUAAAGACUAACUAACCCAAAAUAUUGGCCUAAUUUUACAUUAUAUUCUUUAAAAAAGAUGCUUACAUUAUUGGGGUUACUAAUAUCAGUGGUGCUCAUCUGUGAAGUCCAGUGUUUUUAUAAACAAACUGAAAGCAAUGAUACCAUCAUAUGUACAGCCCCAAACAUGUUCGCGUAUAUUUCCAAAGACUCCAGUGAGCCAGUGCCAACGUAUAUUUAUGUCCAAGACGAACAUGGUCGGUACCAGAAUGCUAGACUGAUGGCCGGGCGAUGCUCAUAUGAUGUAACCGAUACACCAGACUUUAUCAUCAUUGGGGUUUCACACAGCAGCUGUCACGUGCAGAAAACGAUCCUUGGUGGAAAUAUCACAUUCUGGGUGAAUAUUGUGGUAGUAAAGUUUCCCCACUCCAAGCAAGGAUCAGUAUUUAGAGACACUCUUUUUAAGCUGACUGUGUCUUGUACAUAUGCACUGCUCAAUACUAGCAGCAGCACAGCUGUUGAAAUUAGAGCGCCGAUAUUAACAACUGCUUCCGUCCUGAAAAAUGAGGGCAUGCUCCGUGCUCAGAUGAGAUUCGCCACAGAUUCUUCUUUCAGGAACUUCUAUAAGAUCCAGGCACCUCCUGUGAUGCACGGUCUGGGGGAGCCAGUGUUUGUGGAGGUAUUUGUCCUAAAGCAUGAGGAUAAAGACCUUGAGCUUGUGCUUAAUGACUGCUGGGCCACACCCAGUCCUGAUCCACAUGAUGAGCUCAGAUGGACUCUGCUUCACAGAGGCCGUCCUCGACAAGAUGAUGACUACAGUGUUGAAGUCCUAGAAGUUCGGCCUGGUGAUGGAGUCAAAUAUCCCAAGCUUCACAAGUGGCUGAAGAUUACAAUGUUCUCUUUUGUAGAGAGCGAAGACAUCUAUGACUCCGUUUACUUGCAUUGUGAUGCAGAAGUGUGCAAAGGAGCUCUUUGUCCGAAGACAAGAAAGAGGAGGCAGUCUGGUGUUCAGAGAAUUCUCAACAGAAGAUUAGUCGUUCGAGGGGGGCCUCUGAUUUUCGCCAUGUGACUGCAUCAGUGCAUUAGCUGUUGUGUUCAAGAAAC